AUGGAGCAGCAAACCCGCUCCUGGUGGCGGCCCUACGAGACCUCUCUUCAUCUCAGCAACACCGGCGAAGACCUCUCUGCCUAUGCCUCUCAACACCGCCAGCCAACCGUUCCUCCUGAAGCCUUAGAGAGCUGCCGGGGCUCCUCGUGUGCGUCUCUUGACUGUGUCUCGGUUGCUGCUUCCCCUGCAGCAGCAGCGGACACACAGUCAAGAGACGCGCCUCCCGAUUCCCCCCCAACCUUCAGAAAUGGAGCUUCUGGCCUUUCACAGUUCCUUGAGGCCCCUGCUGCCGCAUGCAGCCCCAAGAGGCAACAGCACAUUCAGCCGGUUGACUCAGCGGAUGCAGCAAAAGCAGCGAGAAAUCAGAGUGAUAUUAUACUGCGUGGACACCCUCGGCACACACAUGCAGGAGCAGCAGCUGCUGCAGCAGCUGCUGCACUUCCUUUUGAAGAGCAGACAAAGCAAUGGAAAGGCAGCUCCAAGAUGAGUCGGCUGGAGAGAGCAGAAGCCAUUGUUAGGGAGUUGCUGCAGGAGGCGGCGAUAUUAAAAACUGAAAACCGCCGACUGCGUGCAGAGGAAGCAGCAAGAAAAGACAUGCAGCAUCAACAUGCAGCAGGAGCAGCAGCAGCAGGAGUAUGCGUCAGCACAGACAAUGAAGAUGAAAGGGCGGUGCGGUGGCGGCUGCAGCAAAGGCAGGAGCAGCAGCAGCAGCAACAACAGCAGCAGCAACAACAGCUGUUGCUGCUGCAGCAAGAGCUGCAGCAGCUGCGCAUGCGAAUAAAAGAACAGGAUAUGGAGUUGCAGCAGCUGAGGCAGCAAACAUCUCAAGAGGCUGCAUAUAUGGAGGCCUGCCGACAGCCGAUGCUGCCGUUGGAUUUUUCUUUCAUUGGGGCGGUGGGAAGUGGAGAGACAGCAGACCUUCCGCCGCGGCAGCAGCAGCAGCAGCAGCUGCAGCAGCAGCUGCAGCAGCAAAUGGAAGAGCUGCAGCGAGAACGGCAACUAAAAAGCGAAAUGCAGAUUGAAUUGCGCCAACUCAAAGACAGAGACAAAAGCAGACAGGCGGAGGUUGAGGAGUUGCGGCGCUGCUGCAGCAGGCUGCGCGUAGAUCUUCAGCAGCAGCAGGAGGAGUCUGCUGCUGCUGCUGCUGCAGCAGUGGAGCUAGGAGCAGCAGCAGCUGCUGCGAAAGCAGCAGACAUCAGCACCAGAGGAGUAUUAAAACAAAUAGACAGCAAACUACGAGCAGAAAUCAAACAACAAAUUCAAAGCAAAAUCGCCAUGCAAGCGCAACGAACAGAGGCAGAGAUGGAGGCGAGCCGUCUGCGCGUGGAGUUGCAGCGGGUAAUAGCACGAAAAGAAGAAAUAAAUAAACGCUUGAAGGGAAGAGAAGAAGAAUUGUUUUGUUUGUUGCAGCGAAUGCAGUGUAUGAACACUCAACAAGAAAAAGCAAACGCCAAUAUGCAGCAACAAAAAGAAUUGCUUCAUCGCUACCGCACUUAUAUUUUCUUUCUUGAAAAAAUAAUCAAAGAUUUAAAAACUCACAUUCUAACGGAAGCAAAAAAUGCAGUUCCUCAAAGACAAAAUUAUAACAAUCAUAUUUCUUCCUUUUCUUCUUCACCUCAACUUACACCGAAAAACAACAAAUAUAUCAAAUACAACAAAGGGGGGGGCCCCAAGGGGCCCUCCUUUGGGGGGGGCACCCAGGGGGCCCCUCAGGGGGCCCCCAAAGGGGCCCCUAAGGGGGCCCCCACAGGGGCCUCUAAGGGGGCCCCCAAAGGUGUAAGCUUACGGCUGGGGCCGUCUUCUUUAGACGCUGGGGGAGGCACAGGGGCCCCCAUUACAGCAAAUAUCGAAGGGGAAGAAGAAAUAUUAGGGGGCCCUCGGGGGCCUCCGUGGGGAGAUGAGGGGCCCGCGUAUGCGGUGUCUGUUGCCGAGCAAAUUAGAAACAAUGAACAGAAUAGCCGCAGCAGCAGCAGCAGCAGCAGCAGCAGCAGAAUGAGGAGAAGGGGAAGCGGCUUCACUUCACCUAAAUUCGAAGAUGAGAAAUUCAACGUACGGUUGGAAAGCGGCAACGAAUGGGGCGGUGUAUGCACACCCUGGGGUGUACAUACACCUCAAGAAAGAGAACAACAAAGAGAAGAAGAAAAAGAAGAUGAAGAAGAGAAUCAAUCUAUGCGGGAGCUGCAGAGGCUAAUUGCAAAAGCAGCAGAUGAAAUAAAGGCGACCCUCAGUGUAGCCAGGAGGGGAAAGAAAAAGCGAGAAAACAGCAGCAAAUUCAAUCUGCUGCAGACAAACCAACAAGAAAAUGCCACUACUACUGCUGGUGAUGCUGCUGGUGCUGCAGCAUCUGCUGCUGCUGGUGCUGCUGCAUCAAGCUCCCCCCGCAUUGAAGCAGCAGCAGAAGAAAUUCUUUUAAAUUCUCCUCUAAAGAAGUGCAGCACAAUUGAAUCUUCUCCUCGGGGUGUCCAGACACCUGAUUAUUUGAAAGGUGUUGAGGAGACAGCAACAGACUUGGAUAUUGAUUUUCUUCUUUGUGAGGAGUUUGCUGCUGCUGCUGCAGCAGCAGCAGCAGGAAAAGAGUGCAGCAGAGGGUUUGGGGCUUCACUAGGAUUAAAGAGAAGCCGCAUGCAAACUUUUAAAGAAGAAAAUGCAGCAAAAAACCUCAAAAAAGAAAUUGCUGUUUUAUUCCCCAAGGCAUUUGAACGGCUGGCGAAGAGGGGAAUGAUAAAAUAA